AUGGAAAUGAAGAAGCUCUUGUUCGUUUCCUUAUCCCUUGCUUUGAUUUUUAGAGCAACCAACACCUUUGAUUUCAACGAACAUGAUUUAGAAUCAGAGAAAAGUUUAUGGGAUUUGUACGAAAGAUGGAGAACUCACCACACAGUUACACAAAGCCUUCAUGAGAAACAUAAUCGCUUCAACGUGUUCAAAGCCAAUGUUAUGCAUGUCCACAAUACCAAUAAAUUGGAUAAGCCUUAUAAGCUUAAGUUGAACAAGUUUGCAGACAUGACUAACUAUGAAUUUAAGAAGAUCUAUGCUGAUUCUAAGAUUAGUCAUCAUAGAAUGUUUCUUGGUAUGUCAAAUGAAAAUCGAACAUUCAUGGACGAGAAUCUGGAAGGUGUACCUCCUUCGAUUGAUUGGAGAAAGAAAGGCGCUGUCACAGACAUAAAAGAUCAAGGCCAAUGCGGUAGUUGUUGGGCGUUUUCGACGGUUGUAGCGGUUGAAGGUAUUAACCAAAUAAAAACACAAAAGCUAGUUUCAUUAUCUGAGCAAGAACUUGUGGAUUGUGACACUAAAGAAAAUGAAGGAUGCAAUGGUGGGUUGAUGGAAUAUGCUUUUGAGUUCAUUAAACAAAAUGGUAUAACAACUGAGACCAAUUACCCUUAUGCUGCCAAAGAUGGAACUUGUGAUUUAGAAAAAAAGGAGGAUAAAGCAAAAGUGUCAAUUGAUGGGUAUAAAAAUGUGCCAAAAAAUAAUGAAGCUGCAUUGCUGAAAGCUGCUGCCAAACAACCUGUCUCUGUAGCUAUUGAUGCUGGGGGAUAUAAUUUCCAGUUCUAUUCUGAGGGAGUAUUUACUGGACACUGUGGCACUGAUCUGAAUCAUGGGGUAGCAAUUGUUGGGUAUGGUGUAACUCAAGAUAGAACAAAAUAUUGGACAGUGAAGAACUCAUGGGGAAGUGAAUGGGGAGAACAAGGUUACAUUAGAAUUCAAAGGGACGUAUCUCACAAAGAAGGUCUAUGUGGCAUAGCUAUGGAAGCUUCUUAUCCAAUCAAGAAAUCAUCUACCAACCCAGCAGAAAGUUCUACUCUUAAAGAUGAACUUUAA